AUGGUGCCUCGCGUGGAGCUCGAGCGGCUGCUCGAGAUCACCAAGCGGGAGAAUGAGACUGCUGUGCGUGAGGCCAUUGAAAGCGUCGAAAACAAAGUGCAGGUGCAGCUCAACGUGCGCAAUAUCGCCCAGGCGAAGAUUGCUGUCAUCAAAAAAGCUGCGCUGGAAACGCCUGAAAUGUCUGUCAAGGAAGUGUGGGACAUGGCAGAGAGAGCACGUUCUCCUCUGGCUCCCACUGCAGCGACACCCUCUUACUCAGACGAUGCUGCCGAAAUGGAAGGUUUGUACAAGCGGUUGGAGGAGUCGGAGGCCGCAAAAGAACGCCUYGAAGACGCACAGACGUUGAUGAAGGAGGCAAUCGAUGCAUUCGACACUCGUUUGGAGGAAGAAAAGGCGGCUAUUCAUGCCAAUCAGCAAACACGCAUAGACACUAUCAAGAGGCAAGCCAAAGACCGGGACACUGAGCGGAAAGAUGCAAUCGCAAGCCUUAAGCUGGAGCUUCAGGAUGCUCGCCAGUCAACCACAAGCGACCAGAACGGACCCGUGACGGAUGUCGAGGGAUCGACUUCCGUAACGGAAGAUCCGAWGGACUGCUCCAUGGCUACAGAUGUAGUCGUUCCAGCGUCUCCAGAGCCAGAACUGUCCUCUGCGGAUAGAUCCAUACCAAGACGAGCACGAUCUGGAUUGAACCCUAUAUCGACAACGGACAUGGGCCGCUGGACACUCUCGCCCAUCCGGGCUAGAUAUCUCGUCCAGAACAACAAGACGAUUGAUGAUCGGCUCAAGGCAGACAUCAUGUCGAAGGUAGAGCAGCAAACAGCGCCCCUCAAAACGCUCAUCGUGCAGAAGGAUGAGAUUAUAUCCAACCUUGUGAGCAUGCGCAAGAUCGCCGAAUCUACGACGGCUUCUAUCCGCAGCAUGGUACAGGAAACUCCCGACCGACCAGUCGAAGAGGCUUGGGAGACGGCAGUUAGAGAGCGCCCCUUACAGCUACUGCACCGCACAAAGCCCUGCUCCGAGCGCAUCUGCUUCACAUCCGAUCCGACCACAUUGAACGUUGGCAGUCCUGCAACGGUCUUCAAAGUGCCCCAGGAGCUUCUCUGCCAGACAUCCGAGUUCUUCAAACGUGCACUGAAGGCAGAGUGGCGUGAGGGUCAGACGAAGUGUGUGGAUCUUGCUGAAGMCGACGCUGAUUCGUUCUCCGUCUGGCUGAACUGGAUAUAUCGCCACAAUCUAGCGAUUGGUCUCGAGCCGAGCGAGUCGAUGAGGACAGAGGAUGGUAGAUCAACCGAAAGCGGUACGAAGAUGUGGUCCAGACUCAACGCAGCGUACACUUUGGGCGACAAGUUGAUGGAUGGAGACUUCAAAGACGCAGUCGUCGACGCCAUGGCGUUUUCAACACUCAGGCGAGGACCCAACAAAUGGUGGUGGACCCCUUGUCUUGCUGCAAGAGUCAACUUGUUCCGCACAACCACGCCAGGAUCCACCGCACGCAAGCUUCUCAUUCACCUGAUGGCAGGCGCAAGACGUCUCUUGUCCGAGGAGGAUGACCCGUCCCUCUUAUUCGAGAUUGCACAGCUAAUGUUUAUGACUUCCUCAAACAUGGUUCUGAAAGCAGCUGCCCAAUGCGAAUUCCACGAGCAUGGCAGCAUGGAUUGCUAUCGCUUGAAGUACAGCAUCGAGUCGACUCUGGACGGAUGA